CUCAAGGGCCAUUACCUCUUCGCCUACCAGCCCGACGGCCGCGCGGCGAGCGAACCCGAAGCGAUAAGGAGGUCGGUGGACGCUUUGUUUGCACAGCACGACAGCGUGCGGUGGCACUCGGAACAGAAGCUUCUGAAACGCUCCAAACGCAGCCUGCACUUUAACGAUCCCAAAUACCCCCAGCAGUGGCAUCUGAACAACCGCAAGAGCCCCGGGAAGGACAUCAACGUCACGGGCGUCUGGGAGCGGAACGUGACGGGGCGCGGUGUGACGGUGGUGGUGGUGGACGACGGGGUGGAGCACACCAUCAAAGACAUACAGCCAAAUUACAGCCCAGAAGGCAGCUAUGACUUGAAUUCGAACGACCCCGACCCUAUGCCUCACCCCGACGAGGAGAACGGCAACCACCACGGGACCCGCUGCGCCGGGGAGAUCGCGGCUGUGCCGAACAACAGCUUCUGCACGGUGGGAGUUGCCUACGGGAGCCGCAUCGCAGGCAUCCGAGUGCUGGACGGGCCCCUCACCGACAGCAUGGAGGCCAUCGCCUUCAACAAGCACUAUCAGAUCAACGACAUCUACAGCUGCAGCUGGGGUCCAGAUGACGAUGGGAAGACCGUGGAUGGCCCCCAUCAACUGGGAAAGGCCGCCCUGCAGCACGGCGUGAUAGCGGGUCGCAGGGGAUUUGGGAGCAUUUUCGUCGUGGCCAGUGGCAACGGCGGGCAGCACAGCGACAACUGCAACUACGAUGGUUAUGCCAACUCCAUCUAUACCGUCACGAUAGGGGCGGUGGACGAGACGGGCUCCAUGCCGUUCUAUGCCGAGGAAUGUGCCUCCAUGUUAGCGGUGACCUUCAGCGGCGGGGACAAGAUGAUGAGGAGCAUUGUGACAACAGACUGGGAUUUGCAGAAGGGCACGGGCUGCACGGAGGGCCACACGGGGACGUCGGCUGCCGCUCCUCUCGCGGCCGGGAUGAUCGCGCUGAUGCUGCAGGUGCGGCCGUGUCUCACCUGGCGAGACGUCCAGCACAUCAUUGUCUUCACCACCACCAAGUACGAGGAUCGUCAUGCGAAGUGGGACGUCAACCAGGCCGGCUUCAGCCACAGCCACCAGCACGGCUUCGGCUUGCUGAACGCCUGGAGGCUGGUUAACGCUGCCAAGAUCUGGGAGUCCGUCCCGUACCUCGCCUCGUACGCGAGCCCUGCGCUGAAGGAGGGCAGGAGCAUCCCGUUACUCCCGCAGGAGCUGGAGGUCGCCUGGAACGUCACCACCGCCGACCUGGAGCUCUCCGGCAUGAGAACCCUGGAGCACGUGGCGGUCACCGUCACCAUAACCCACCCCCGCCGCGGCAACCUGGAGAUCAGGCUCUUCUGCCCCAGCGGCAUGAUGUCCCUGAUAGGGACCACCAGGAGCAUGGACUCGGACCCCAAUGGCUUUGCUGACUGGACCUUCUCCACGGUCCGGUGCUGGGGCGAGGAAGCGCAGGGCACGUACAGACUGGUCAUCAGGGACGUCGGAGAUGAGAGCCUGAGGCCUGGGACCUUGAAGCAGUGGCAGCUGACCCUGUACGGCUCCUCCUGGUCCCCGGCAGAGAUGAAGGAACGGCAGAGGCUGCUGGAGGAAGCCAUGAGCGGGCGGUACCUGAGCAGCGACUUCUCCCUGCCCUGCCCUCCGGGGCUGGAGAUCCCCGAGGAGCAGCACUACACCAUCACGGCCAACACCCUCAAGACCCUCCUGCUGCUGGGGUGCUUUGCCGUGUUCUGGACUUUCUACUACGUGCUGGAGGUUUGCCUGACCAGGAACAACGUGGGGCUUGAGCUGACCUGCAACGACUCCGCUGUCUGCCGAUGGUACCAGCAGGGAGGGAAGCACAGAGCCCUGGAGAGCGGCCUGGAGAUGGAGUCUGUGCCGCUCUACCGGGAGAAGGACAUCGAGGACGUCGAGAUGGAGUGUGAGCAGCCGGAGCCCGCCCGGGAGGCCGAGGGGGAGGAGGGGUCCUGGACCCCCACCCGCCCCAAACUUCCCAGCAGCAGCAGAGCCGCGAGCUUCCGCGAGGCGGCCCCCGCCGCGGCAGGCUACCUCCGCCGGGGGGCGACAGCCGAGCCCCUCCCGGAGGACAGGGAGCCCCAGCCGUGCUAG